AUGGAUCUUGGUGGCCAACACACCUGGUUCAAUUGUGAUGAGUUCGAUUUACCAACCUAUAAGUCCAUCAGUUGCAACACUGAAAAAUGUAGAAAGUAUAACGGCUAUGAUUGCAUGAACUGCGCUCUUCUGAUCCCUGUCCCACCACGCUGCAUUAACGAUGGAUGUGCUGUCACGUAUGCCAAUCAGUUCGCUGCUCAAGAUAUUAAUAACAGCUUAGCAGAGGAUGCCUUAUUUGUCGAGUCUACAAAUGCCAGUGGAACCAAAGGUAUGAUAGGCCUCGUAAAUACAACUACAUCCUUGCCUGCACAUAUGUCAAGCCAGUUCAAUUUACCUCAUAAAUUUGCUCUUUGUUUGCCCUCUAGUCCUAUACACGGCCACAUGUUUGUAGGCGGAGGGCCAUACAUAUUUCCACCAUACUAUAAAAACAUUGCUAAGAAAUUGAUCACCACAAAACUUGUCAGUUACCCUGUUGACACUGACAAAAUUUACAUUAUAACUGACCCUUACGACGAAUAUUUUGUAGAUAUUAAAUCUAUUAAUAUCGAUCAAAAACUUGUCCCUCUUAAUGCUUCUUUACUAUCCAUCAACAAAGAUGGCUUCGGGGGUACUACAUUUAGUACCCUAUCUCCUUUCACAAGUUUACAGACUUCCCUCUAUACGGUUUUCGUUACUGCUUUUACUGAGGCUUCAGCUCACAGGAAGAUGAAAGAGUAG